GAACUUUUGAAACUUCUCGAGCUACUGAUAGUCGACCAUCGCUGUCGACACUGUGAUUUUCAGACUUCUUUCACAAUCGCAACAACAAGACACGGUCUACCAACUCCCAUCCCGCAACCACCCACCCUCCACAGACGCUUUCCCUCUCUGUCGCCAAAGAAUCCUCAUCGACAUCUUUUCAGCAAGCCUCUCCUUCCAGGAAGCAAACACCCUUUGACUCCGUUAUCAGUAGUCUUACCUCAAGCCUCGUUUGCAGGUGACCGCACGACCCUUCCUGGCCCCAAGUGAAACUACCACCUAAGGCUCUCUCGGCACUCCGAAGUCUGACAACACCGACGGAGAAGUAUUUCACCAGAGGCAUUCCCCCUCCAAACCCAUGCAGUUGCUGCAGUGAGAGCGUAUCAUUCCAUAUCAUGCUCGCUCUCGAGCACACGCGCCGCCAACAGUACGUGGACUUUGGUUUUAACCCCGAGCAAAGUACUAUCCAAGCACCUUUCCCUGGUUUGGCCAUGGACUCGUACGAGUCAGCCGACAACAUGAAUUUCAACUUCCACGCAAUGCCCUAUUCGUACUUUGAGAACCCCUCCAUGUUUGCAACAGCACCACCAUCUCUCAAGCACGAAAUGUCCCAAUUUCACGAAAUGCCGCCUGCCCUGAUCUCGUCCGGAUCGGUCCCGUCGAUCCCCAGUGCCUCCUCAUCGACAGUUGGCUCGCCAUAUUCCGGACCAUCCCACACCAUCUCCAGCCAGGACAGCUUCGAUCACCCAGGUGCAACUUAUGGACUUGGUCUGAUGCCAGCCAUUGCCCACCACGAUUCCUUUUCACAAGACCUGAUGGGAGUCUCCAUGGAAGCCGACUUUGCCUUGGAAAAACUAUCGGAUAGUUACGUGGAUCCAUCCUUAAUUCAUGCCUCUCGAUCGUUUGGGGAGACGACCUUCCCUGAACAAGCACUCUUUCCACCUGCCAUGAACACCUUCGCCAACACCUCUCCAUCUGGGUCUCCCGCUCUGUCUCCUCAACCCUACGGCAUCUUCCCUACCGCCCAAUUCUCCGACCCCAUCACAAACUCCAGCUACUACCAACAACACAGCAUGCCCAGCCGAAGACCAUCGCUCGCGUCAUACGUUUCUGCGGGUUCGCAUGCCAGCUCCACAUCAGAGCCUAGUGAAGAAGGUGCCGAAAAGGGUCGAUGCCCUCAUCCUGAUUGUGGCAAGAUCUUCAAGGAUCUCAAAGCUCACCUGUUGACCCAUCAAACCGAGCGACCCGAGAAGUGCCCCAUCGUCACUUGUGAGUACCAUCACAAAGGCUUUGCGAGAAAGUACGACAAGAACCGACACACUUUGACCCAUUACAAGGGCACGAUGGUGUGCGGCUUCUGCCCCGGCUCUGGUUCCCCCGCGGAGAAGAGCUUCAAUCGUGCAGAUGUUUUUAAGCGACACUUGACUUCGGUCCACGGCGUCGAACAGACCGCUCCCAACAGUCGCAAGCGCAGUCCCACAACCAACCCUCCCAAGUUGUCAAGUUACUGUCAAGAUGCCACGGGCAAGUGCUCGACCUGUUCCGCCACCUUUUCCAAUGCUCAAGACUUCUAUGAGCAUCUUGAUGACUGUGUGUUGCGUGUGGUUCAACAAGAAGAACCCAGCGAAGCCAUCAACGCACAACAUCUGGCCAGCAUCACCGAUGACAACAACGUCCAAGAGACCUUGGAUCGUCACAUGCUCAAGUCGGAAGAUGCCCCGACCAACUUUGGUGCUGAUGAGGACGAUGACGAAGAGGAUGACGACGAAGACGACGAAGACGACGAUGAGGAGAUUGAUCCGUCUUUCAACAGCCGCUCUGGGCGGGGCGCCAUCAAGUCAAAGACUGCCGGCUCAUCCCGAGCUGUUAUCGGCGGCGGCAUCUCCAAGUCUUCCAAGUCAUCAAAGAAGGGCAUGACCUGGUCCAAGGGAGGGGUGUCUCUCCUCGGAAAGGGCCGCAAGAAGAGAAAGCACUACCCGCCAUCGUGGGGUAUGUCUGCCGACAAGAUGCGAAUGAAGAAGCGAGUUCUCUGCGUGUACGACGGUGAACGCCGCCUCUGGAAAGACGACAUUAUGCUGCACAACGAAUUCGAAGUGCGCAUGUCGCUUCCUGACGGCAAGAGUUACGUGACGGACCUCGAUGUCGAGACUUUGAAGCGAGCAGAGGCAUUCCACAAUGCCAGUCAAGAGGAGAAAGGUCCUUGGUUGCCCGUGACCGAAGCGGACACUCAGACCUUUGACUUGAAUGCUUUGAUGGCCUGAACCUAGGCUUGAUGUGAUUCUUCUGAAUUGAUGGUGCGUUUUAGCGAAAUUACGGAUUGGGAUAAUGGGUAUGACUUCAGCUGAGCUCGGAUACGUCCUUGAGCAUGAUGACAGAGAGUUUCUCCUGUUUUGUUAUCUUCUUAAUGUCGGACUUGGAAGGCCUUUUUUGACGGUUACGUCGAUGAAUCAAUGGAGCAGUCUCCGUUACUAAGUGGUUUGGUUGAUCGCUACAAGGAAAGUCACAAUCGAGGUGGAAUGAGAGCCUCACAGUCGGUUGAGAGACAUUUCUACUCCCGAAGCUCUCCUUGAUGGAGUGAAAAGCUUGUGUAUGAUAUAAGGCACUUUGGACAGUGAAGAGAGGAAGAUACCUCGAGGCAGCAUGAGAGCGCUGAGCGCCAAAAUGUAAUGCAGAGAAAAUUUCAUAUUGCAGGCUGUU